AUGGAUGCAACUGGAGUGGCCAACUGCCAUUCUUGGGCUCUUAUUAACAUGAGGAAUUCUGUGAAUUUCACUCCUUCUAAUGUUGAUGACAAGAUUUUUGGAUACCCUCAGCUUCUGGGAUUUCUCUACCAAAAUCGGCUUGGGAGGCAAUUAGAGGAAGGAGAGCAAAAUUUGAGUGGGUGUGACUUGGGUGUGUUCUCAAAGGCUAUCCAAAUACUCUAUGAUCUUAUGGAUGGCUAUAAAGGAGAUUACCUACAAAGGACAGAGGGUAAGGAAAAGAGAGAUGUUGCCAAUGGGGAGGAGAGGAAGAGCGAGAGUGGUAUUGGGGAAGGGCUGAAAGGUGAAACAAAGUUGGGUAAUGCGGUUUUGGGGGAGGAAGCUGUGAAUGCCAAUGAGGAUAGAGAGGAGAGAACUCCAACUACCAAUGCUGUCUUCCUGAAUACAUUUGAGGACAGUGACAUGGGAACUAGCUCUCCAAUUUAUCAACCGUUUGGGAACCUGGUUAUCCAAACUUCGGCUCAAGCAAUUCUUUGUAAGAUUAGAAUUUUGAAAGAUAAUUCCAUGCUCUUUUGUUCUAUUGUCUAUGGGAUGAAUAGUGUGGGGGAAAGGAAGGAGCUAUGGAAGGAGCUUAUCCACCAUGCCAAUGUUUGCCAACGUGAGCCAUGGGUUAUUAUGGGGGACUUUAAUGCGGUUAGAUUUGCAAGGGAAAAGAAGGGAGGUUCUAAUAAAUUGAAUUCGCAAUGUGAAGAGUUUAAUUACAUGUGUAAGGAAGCUGAUAUUGAUGAUCUUAAUCCCAUUGGUUCAUUCUUCACUUGGAAUAACAGAGGUGAGGUCAAUAGGAGGAUUUGGUGUAAACUUGAUCGGGUGAUAUGUAAUGAGCAUUGGAGCAGCAGGUUUCCCAACUCUUUUGCGUCCUUCCUUACUCCGGUCAUGUCGGACCAUUGUCAAGAAAGAGUGAAAUUUGCAAGAGAUGAUCUGGCCCAAGUCCAAGAAAGGCUUGUUGUGGAUCCGGUUGAUGGUGCUCUUUUGCAAGAGGAGAAACUUAAGGUGGAAAACAUGGUCAAGCUUUCAAAAGCCGAAGAAUCAUUAGCCAAGCAAAAGUCUAGGGUUAGAUGGUUACGGGAAGGAAAAUCAAUUGCCAGAUGGAGGAAAAGAAAUAAGAUUGUUUCCUUAGAAAUUGGGGAAGACUCGGUUACUAGUGAUCAAGAUAGAAUCAAAGACGAGUUUAUGUCUUUCUACUCAAAUCUUUUUGAAGAUAAGUGUGCAGGUGUUUCCUAUGAGGGCAUGGAGGAGCUUAUCACUCCUGUUAUUUUGGAGGAGGAGGCUAACUCCACGAUUAGUGAGGUUUCCAAAGAAGAGAUUCAAGAGACCAUGUUUGGAAUGAGUAAAGACAAAGCACCGGGGCCAGAUGGUUAUGGAGCUUUUUUCUUUAAAAAAGCUUGGGAUAUUGUAGGUCAUGAUGUUGUUAAAGCGAUCCAAAAUUUCAUCAAGUCAGGGAAAAUGCUUAGAGAGGUGAAUUGCGCCAUUAUUGCGUUAGUCCCAAAGAAUGAAAACCCCUCAGCUUCGGGGGAUUGGUAA